AUGGAAAAAAAUUCACCAAUAAAAAGUUUUAUUGCUGGUGCAGUUGGUGGAACAUGUACUGUUUUUGUUGGUCAUCCAUUUGAUACAGUCAAAGUAAGACUUCAAACAAUGCCAAAACCAAAACCUGGUGAAUUACCACCAUUUAGUGGAGCUGUUGAUUGUCUUAAGAAAACAGUACAAAAAGAAGGUUUCUUAGCAUUAUACAAAGGUAUGGCAGUACCAAUAGCUGGAGUAGCCCCACUUUUUGCUGUUUAUUUUGGUGGUUGUGCAAUUGGAAAAAAACUUCAAAGUACACAUCCUGAUCAAGAGAUGACUUUUUAUCAAAAUUUUUUUUCUGGUGCCUUAGCUGGAGUUUUUACAACUGUUAUUAUGGCUCCAGGUGAAAGAAUUAAAUGCCUAUUGCAAAUCCAAAAUACGAGUUCUUCUGAUCCCAAAAAAAUUCGUCCAAUGGAACUUAUUAAAAAAUUAUAUGCUGAUGGUGGUAUUAGAUCUCUUUAUCGUGGUACUGGGGCUACCCUUUUAAGAGAUAUUCCUGCAAGUGGUGCAUAUCUUUCUGUUUAUGAAUAUUUGAAGAAAAAACUUUCUGAUAAUAAUGAUGGACAUCUUUCUCCAUUAGCAAUAAUGACUGCUGGUGGUUUUGCUGGUGUAGCAAAUUGGGGAGUUUGUAUUCCUGCCGAUGUCUUAAAAUCACGGUUGCAAACAGCACCAGAAGGAAAAUAUCCUAAUGGAAUUCGUGGAGUUUUUAAAGAAGUUAUGUUAGAAGAAGGACCAAAAGGUUUAUUUAAAGGUUUUACACCAGUAAUGAUGCGUGCCUUCCCAGCAAAUGCUGCCUGUUUCUUUGGAUUUGAGUUAACUAUGAAAGGAAUGCAUAUGUUAUUUUAA